AUGGCUUCCGACUAUAGUCGUAUCCUUCUCUUUCCCUUCAUCUCCUUUCUCUCUCUCCUCCAAAUCAACUCAUGCAUGGCCCAAACCGUCAAAGGAGGCUAUUGGUUUCCAGACAGCGGCAUCACGGCCUCCGACAUCGAUUCGACCCUCUUUACUCAUCUCUUCUGCGCGUUCGCUGACCUCAACGGGUCAACAAACCAGGUAGUCAUAUCGUUGGCGAACGCCCAGUAUUUCGCGACAUUCACUAGUGACGUCCAGCAGAAGAACCCGUUGAUCGUAACCCUCCUGUCUAUCGGCGGUGGCCGCUCGAACGCAACCGACUUUACGACCAUGGUGAGCCAGUCUAGCUCCCGAAAGACUUUCAUCAAUUCCUCCAUAGCCCUAGCUCGGGCCAAUGGCUUCCAUGGCCUCGAUCUUAAUUGGGUAUCCCCAGAUACAGACGAGAAGAUGACCAGGUUGGAGUUGCUCCUCCAGGAGUGGCGGACCGUGAUUGCUGCUGAGGCGGCCAGCUCAGGUGAGGAUGCUUUGCUUUUGUCGGCCGCGGUCAAGUACUCGCCGCACUCACCGGAAUAUCCGGUGGCCGCCAUGGCGGCGAGCUUGGAUUGGAUCAAUGCGAUGGCCUAUGAUUUCUUUGCACCCAAUUGGUCCAAGACCACAGGACCACUUGCUGCUCUCUACAGUCCAGGGAAUGGCUUAAGUGGAGACGACGGGGUGCGCGCGUGGAUUCAGGCCGGAAUGCCGGAGAAGCAGAUCGUGCUCGGCGUCCCAUUCUACGGCAGCACAUUCGCUCUCGCGGAUGCCAACGACCACAGCUACUUUGCGCCCAUCAAUGGGCCAGCGAUAUCCUCUGAGGGGAUGAUCCAGUACAAUCAAAUCACGAAGUACAUAUCCCAAAACAACGCUACGACGGUGUACAACUCCACGGUCGUGUCCGCCUACUGCUAUUUCGAGACGACAUGGAUCAGCUAUGAUGAUACACAAACCAUCUCUACUAAGGUCGCGUACGCCAAGGGAAGAGGACUUAAAGGUUACUAUGCAUGGCAUGUUGCUGGUGAUGACAAUUGGGUUCUCUCUCAAGCAGCUCAAGAGGCCAGUGGAGAUCAGCAACACAGGCGAUGGCUCUGGCUAGUAAUGCUUAUUUCGAGUGCUAUAGUUGUUCUCCUUAUAUUUGGCCUGAUUUGCUGGUUGCAGAGGCGAACAUUGAAAUCAAAAGGUAUUUCGGGUGUAAUAAAAGGAAUUAGUAGCCGAUUAAAGACUAUGGUGUGGAAAGGUGAAAGUCUUGAGAGUGGUACUCCUAGUCUGCGAACAUUUGGUUAUGCCACCCUCGAAGCAGCAACUGAUGACUUCUCAAGUGAAAAUAAGCUCGGAGAGGGUGGAUUUGGACCUGUUUACAAGGGCAAGUUGCCCGAAGGACAGUACAUUGCAGUGAAGAGACUUUCGAAAACUUCAAACCAAGGGCUCGAGGAGUUCAAGAAUGAAGUUAUGCUCACUGCCAGACUGCAACAUGUCAACCUUGUUCGCCUUCUUGGAUUUUGUACUGACAGGGAAGAAAAGAUGCUGAUCUAUGAGUACAUGCCAAAUAAGAGCUUGGACUUCUACCUAUUUGAUCCAAUAAGGAAAUAUUCGUUGGAUUGGGUGAAACGUGUUCAUAUCAUAGAAGGCAUUACGCAGGGGCUUCUUUAUCUCCAAGAAUACUCGAAUUUCACAAUAAUUCAUCGAGACUUGAAAGCCAGCAAUGUUCUGCUGGACGAUGAAAUGAACCCCAAGAUAUCAGAUUUUGGUCUGGCGAGAAUAUUUCGGAAGGAUGAUGUUGAGGCAAAUACCAACCGAAUUGUGGGGACUUACGGGUAUGUCCCACCAGAAUACGUAAGGAAAGGCAUAUACUCGAUGAAGUACGACAUCUACAGCUUCGGGGUAUUGUUGUUGCAAAUCAUCAGUGAUAAAAGGACCUCAUGUUUAUAUGGCCCGAAUGAAAAUCUGAAUCUUCUCGAAUAUGCAUAUGAGCUGUGGAAGGACGAUAAAUGCAUGGAAUUCAUUGACCAGUCUCUCGAUGACUCUUCAUCAUCCUGUAAGCUCAUGAGAUGCGUGCAAGUGGCUCUUCUAUGCGUGCAAGAGAAGCCUGAGGACAGACCCUCCAUGUUGGAAGUCUAUUCAAUGCUCAAGAAUGAAUCUUCAGCUGUGAACUCCCCCAAGAAGCCUGCAUUUUCAAUUAACAAGGACGAAGAUGAGGAUGACAAGCGCUUGCUCAAGGCAGCAAUUCAUUCAGUGAAUGAUGCAUCAAUUUCUGAAUUGUUUCCUCGCUGAUUGUACAUUGCAUGUAUCCAAUGUCGUGAAUACUAUUACCAACUUAUUUGGUUGCCUAGUACUUCGU